AUCAAUAAAGGAAGACACGGCCGUGGCAGUACAAACCCAACCACCACGGCCAGGGCGGUGCAUCUCCUCUCAUAUACCUCUCCUCCGCCUUCUCACCCUCCGUCCACGGUGAUGAUGGAAACCGUCUUCAAAACACUAACCUAUUAUCUCUCUGAGCAUCCCUCCAUUGUCACCUUCCGCUGGAGCCACACCCAGUCAUGGGGCUCAACAUGGUCGUUCCUUUUCUCCUCCAUAGUCUUCUACCUUGUAUUAUGUUCUUUCAUCCAUCUUUUCCUGGCGAUUCUUCUCCGUCGUGGCCGAGCCGUUCCUCUGGGUCCAAUCCCCGCCCUUCAUAGUCUCUCCAUGGCGUUAAUUUCCGCCACCAUUUUCGCCGGCAUUCUCCUUUCCACAGCUUCAGAGAUCCAAGAAACUCGCUGGUUUUGGCGGCGUUCGAAGACCCCAUUUCAAUGGCUCCUUUGUUUUCCUCUGGGGACACGUCCCUCUGGUCGAGUUUUUUUCUGGUCAUACAUGUAUUAUCUCUCGCGAUUCCUCCACAUGUUCCGAACUUUCUUCUCCAUUUUGCAGCUACGUAAACUGGCGUUUUUUCAGCUAUUCAACAGCUCCAUCUCCAUCUUUAUGUCAUUCUUGUGGCUUGAAUUCUCUCAAUCGUUCCAAGUCCUGGCAAUUCUCCUCGCAACUCUGGCAUACUCUGUGGUUUAUGGGUAUAGAUUUUGGACCGCAAUUGGUUUGCCCAGUGCUUGUUUCCCCUUCGUCGUGAAUUGCCAGAUGGUGUUGUUGGGCUGCAACCUCGCUUGCCAUGUUGGGGUGCUUUUGCUUCAUUUUAUGAAAGGUGGGUGCAAUGGAAUUGGGGCCUGGCUCUUCAAUUCAGUGCUCAACGGAGCAAUCCUUUUGCUGUUCUUGAAUUUUUAUGUCAAGGUGCAUUUGGGAAGCAGGAAGAAGAAGAUGGAUAAUGAGAACCAUCAUCAUCAUCAUCCAGUUAUUACAGAGGAAGAGAUGAAGAAAUUUAAUUAAAAAAAAAAUUGUAUAAAUAUAUUUUCUUCUGUGUUAAUAUAAUUUGGUACAAGGGGGCAAGAUAAAAAUCCUUAUUACCAGAAAGGGAAAACAGACCAUGUAUUGUAUAGCAGCAGCAUUUUCUAUAUAGGCAAGGUGAGGUUCUUCUUCC